CCCCGUAGUUCGUACCCUUGCGCCCUACUGUUCUCUCACUCUCUUUCUCCAUCACUCCCAGGGCCAUCUCCCACACUGAGGUCUACUAAGGUUAGGGUUAGGGUUAGGAGUUGUGCCCCAUUCGCCGGGAGGGCCCAGACGAGAUGGACGGCGACGAGACGAGGAAGGAGCGCGUGGCCUUGGUGGUGAUCGUCGUCUUCGCCGUCCUCGCCCUGGCCUCCGUCCUCGCCGCCUUGAGCUACUACUGCUACAUCCGCGCCAAGGUCUCCAAGCAUCGCAAGGGCCGCAAGAAAGAAGGGAAUGAGGAGAAGAGGGCGAUCGGCGGCGCCGGCGGCGGAGAGGUAGAGGUGGUGGUGGGGGAGAGAGGGGUGCAGGUGUUCAGCUUCAAGCAGCUCCACGCGGCGACGAGCGGGUUCGGGAAGGGGAAUGUGGUUGGCCACGGGAGUUUCGGGUCGGUGUACAGGGGAGUCCUUCCCGACGGGAGAAAGAUCGCCGUGAAGUUGAUGGAUCUGGCGGGGAAGCAGGGGGAGGAGGAGUUCAAAAUGGAGGUGGACUUGCUUACACGGCUUCGGUCGCCGUAUCUGCUGGCAUUGAUCGGGUAUUGUUCUGAUGGCGGCCACCGGCUGUUGGUAUACGAGUACAUGGCAAAUGGCGGACUGCAGGAACAUCUGUAUCCUGCCAGCGGUUCUUGUGGUGGUAUUUCAAAGUUAGACUGGGAAACAAGAAUGAAAAUAGCUCUUGAAGCUGCAAAAGGCUUGGAGUACCUGCAUGAGCAUGUCUCUCCACCUGUAAUUCACAGGGAUUUUAAGAGUAGCAACAUCCUCUUGGACAAAAACUUUCAUGCCAAAGUUUCAGAUUUUGGCUUGGCCAAACUUGGAUCUGACAAAGCUGGAGGCCAUGUUUCCACACGAGUUUUAGGCACCCAAGGAUAUGUUGCCCCAGAGUAUGCUUUAACUGGGCAUUUGACAACGAAAUCAGAUGUGUAUAGCUAUGGGGUUGUGCUUCUGGAGCUGCUUACAGGCCGGGUUCCAGUUGACAUGAGCAAGCCUCCUGGGGAAGGUGUUCUUGUGUCUUGGGCUCUGCCUCGCCUGACCGACAGAGACAAGGUUGUUCAGAUUAUAGAUCCAGCAAUGGAAGGACAGUGCUCUAUGAAGGAUGUUAUUCAGGUUGCUGCCAUUGCUGCCAUGUGUGUGCAACCGGAGGCUGAUUACCGGCCCCUGAUGGCAGAUGUUGUCCAGUCGCUGGUCCCUCUCGUCAAGCACAAGUCCACUGCAAAAGUAGGCAGCUGCUCCAAUUUUCAAUCCCCUCGGUCUCCAGUGGCGCCGGAAUGCGGUAAAAUCGCUACUGCAUCCUGAAGUUCUCCACCAACUGGCUUUCCGCAUUUUGUUAGUUUAGAUGAUGCAUGUGGGCGCAAGAUCCUCGAGUCAAUAUCAAUGAUCUUUCUUUGUGACUAUAUCAGCAUCAAAUUUUGGCAAUCUUGGAGCUUCAUGUUCUAGGGUGAACCUGACUAUGAUAUAUUUGCUGUACUGUUUAGGGAGGAGAGAGACAUGUGUUGUUGUAGACAUGGAAGCCUUUCAGUGCUGGCCUGUUGGCAGUCUUAUGAUUAGCCAUGGCCUAAUUAAACUAGGAUCUUAAGCUAUGUAAUCCUAUUGGAAAAUUAUCUGCCUAGAGUAUAUAUAUAGUUGUUUUCACAUGUCUAAA